AUGCACGUCUUUAGCCUCCGGAAGAAAACCCUACAACCGCGACUAUUUCAGCAAGCAUGUCGCCUUGCUUCUACCCGAAUUAGUGGACGCGUCUUUACCCAACUCCAGCGCAACAAACGACUCGCCGCUCAGAAACCCCCACCCCCUACCCGAUCCAGCGAUGCACCAGCAGACGAAGAGGACGAAGCGAUCCGCUGGUUCGAACAAGAUGUCGAGACGGGCGCCACUCGCCGCAUAGCCGGCAACCCUGAGGAGAUCGAGGCGGCUGAGCUGAGACAGAAGAUUGCUGCCCUGGAGAAAGAGCUCGCUGAAUACCGCAAUGAAGAUUCGGACGAGGACAUGCUGGCUGCUCUUGAGCCCGAGGAUCGCGCAAAGGUCGAGAAGGCGUUGAAGGAGCGUGACCAGCAUGAGGCAGAGCUCACCGACGGACUCAAUGUCAGCCUGGACAUGCCACCCUUGACUGUGCCUCUUCUCAAGAAGUUCAACACAGCUCUCCGCGACUCUGCUCUCAAUCCCAGUGCUGUCAUCCCAAGAAAGGAUCUCUGGAGAUGGUACGGCCGCGCAAAGCACAGCAUCCCCGGACUGGCCAACAUGAUCCCCAAGAAGGCCUGGCAGCUGAUCUGGAAGGCCCAAUCCAUUGAAUCGCCUACCAACCCUGACCGCUUGCAUCACAUGGAGCAGCUUUUACACGACAUGGCUUCAGUGGAUAUGGAGAUCAUGCCAGAUCAGUCUCUUGUACUCCUCGAAACACUACUCGCUCUCGACAAGACUGAAGACGCCAUCCGCUCAUGGCAACGCGCUUACGAUGCCACGAAUACACCCUCCGAACAGCUCCUAUCCCUUGGAGUGCGUCUUUUCUCUCAAAACGACCACCUGGACAAGGCCAACUGGGUCUUGAUGCGACUUUUCGAACGCUAUCCCAAGCAUGAUCCUCGUAUCAUCGUUCCCCUUCUCACCGCCGACCUUCGUGCUGGAAAGGACGAAUUGGCCUUUGGAUGCUAUGUCCUCAUGGGCCAGAAACUCGGCGAGGAUAUGAAAAUGGAGGAUUACGAUGUUGUCUCACUCACCUUCCUCGAGCACAACAAGAAGGAUUACGCUCUGGCCGUCUUCCGUGAUAUGAUGCUCCGUGGUCCCAACAAAGAAGUCUCGGAAGAAUUCCUCGGCGCUGACGGACAGAACGAAGCCUACGAAAAGGUCUUCGAGCGCAUGGAGCGUUUGACCGAUGGCUCAGUAGAUGCCAAUGAAAUCAAUGCCAUGUCUCUGAAGGCCCUGAGUGCUUUGCCUUUACCAUGGCAGAACAAGUUUUUCUACGGCAGCUGGCUCAAGAAGCUGAUCGGAAUGCAGCAACUCGAAGCCGCUACAAAGGUUGUCGAGUUGAUGUAUGAACGAGGUAUUGAGCCUGAUGCCAAACACAUCAACGGAUUGAUUGGUGGAUUCCUCCGCUCUGCCGUUCCAGCACUCCAGGCCCAAGGCGAAAAGAUGGCCUGGAAGAUGAUUCAGCGAAGACUAGAGGCUUCGUACAGACACCGUUGCGAGAAGAGAGGCGAGAACGUCGAUAACAUUCCUUCUAUCCGCGAUUUCGAAGAAGGCAAACAAGUAACAAUACCUGCUUACAUCAAACGCCCUGUGCCCAUCGGAACCAUCGAAACGUUCAACGUACUCGCUCUUCAUUAUUCCAUUCAUGAGAAAUGGAAACUUAUCCAUCAUCUCAACUACUUGAGACGUCCGGCCGCGUUCAAGAUGAACACCGACUUUUUCAACCACUACCUAAACAUGAUCUUCAACACUUUCCACGAUGAAAAGAAGUUGUGGCAAAAAUUCCUCUCCGAGGCCAAACAUGUUGUCGGCGGCCCCGACAUUGAGACCUACAACAUCCUCUGGACCGCUCAACUCGAACACCUAAACCCGAGAAUGAGGGUUGGCAAGAAAGCCACCGAGGGCUAUCCCACCCCUCGCCAACUAUUCGGCCUCAUGACAUCUUGGUACCACAGCAAAGAUCUGCUCCACCGCUCGUGGGUCAUUCCCAAAUCUACCAAUGAAAUUCACACCAAGAUCAUUUCCAGUUUCUGCCUGAACAAAGACUUUGCUGGUUGCUUGGUUGCUCUACACGGUAUAGCACGCAUGUACAAGGCAUACCCUGAUCCAGAAUUGGCUCGCAUAGUCAUCGUUGCCGUAUCCAACAUGUCAGAGCUCAAACCCCUCACCGUCCGCGGCCGCAGAGGUCGCCAACAAGUCCCCGCUUCGACUGCUCGCCUUCAAACCACAUCCAAAGUCAUGGCCAGCCUGGCACAAAAGCGCGCAGAAACUGCUGCUGCAAAGGGAAUCGAUAUUACGCAAUUGCGUUUCUGGCAACGCAAGAAGGAAGCACUGAAUUUGCUUUCUGAGUUUAUUCGAUUGGUGUUGUUGAGGGUGCAUGGGGAUGCUGAUGUGGCAGAGACUAGUAUCCGAGAAGCUGCUAUGGCAUGCCAAUUACCGGAUCUCGUGACUGGAGAUAAGGAUUGUUCGAAUGUUGGAUAG